AUGGCUCGAAUCAGAAACGCGAAAGAGGGCAUAAGGCAUACCUUCUGGUUUGCAUAUCCGUUCUCGAGAAUGCUCGGCUACUGGCCAUUGAGCGUCUCAUCAUCCGCGUUCGCCAAAAUAUCAAAUUACGUUAUAAUUUUUCUCUCGUAUUUGCUCACAUUGAUAUUCAUGGUCCCAGGCCUUCUGUACAUAUUUCUGAAAGUGAAAAACGGCAGGUCGAGGAUUAAACUGCUGAUGUCGCACAUCAACGGCAUCGUACAAAUGGCUAAGUAUACGAUUCUAUUGCGAAAAACGAAGGAAAUUGCCAAAUUAUUGGACGAGAUAAAGAAGGAUUGGAUGACAGCCACGGAGGAGAAUCGACAAAUUUUCAGCACAAGGGCGUCCAUCGAGCACAAGCUGACGAUGGUAGUAGUGGUCACUAUGUACGGUGGAGGUUUUUUUUACAGAGCGAUUCUUCCAUUUUCGAAAGGCAAAAUCGUUUUAUCGAACAAUGUAACUAUAAGAUUGUUACCCUGUCCGGGUUACUUUUUUUCCUUGGACGAGCAAGUUAGCCCGAACUACGAGAUAAUCUUCAUCCUGCAAGUUCUCGGCGGAUUCGUCAUUUAUACAGCUGUAUGCGGCACCAAGAGUAUCUGUUUGAUGCUAUGCUUGCAUAUGUGCGGUUUGUUGAAGAUCUUGACGAACAAGGUGAUGGAUCUUACGAAUGACAAAGACGAAAAAGUUGUGCAAGAGAAGAUCGCCCAUAUUGUCAACUAUCAGACCAGGAUCAUAGAAUUUUUGAAUGAGCUUAACCAAUUCGUCCCCUCUGUUUAUUUUUUCGAAAUUAUUCUCGAAGUAUUGAUCAUAUGCAUAAUUGGAUACUGUCUUAUCACGGAGUGGGAAGACAACAAUAUUAUGGCUACAGUAAUUUUCAUUAUCUUCCAAGUAACUUGCUUCAUUGGCACGUUCGCAGUAUGCUAUGCCGGUCAACUUCUAGUUGACGAAAGCGAGAAUGUUAGACAAGCGUGCAGCACAUUGAAUUGGUAUCGAUUACCUGUGAAAAAGGCGCGCAGCUUGAUAUUAUUAAUCAUUAUGUCGAAUUAUCCAAUAAAAGUCACGGCAGGAAGAAUUGUAGACGUGUCCUUAGUCACUUUUACUAGUAUCAUUAAGAGUUCAGUGGGAUAUAUGAAUAUAUUACAACAAGUUACUUAA